AUGCACAGGCCGUGUCGCCUCGCGCGCCGGCGAGCACGGCCAGCUCUCCCAGCCUGGCGGCUGCCCCCAGCAGCCUGCGCUGUGCGGUGGCGGUCCGACACCUCGACCUUGCCGACCAGCUCGCAGUUGCGCUAUCUCGACGAGGCGGAGCUGAAGAGCCUGCACGCUCGGCUCGAGAGCAGCCCUGACCUUGUCACGCCGCCGUGGCGCGAGUUCAAGGCUUCGUGGGAGGCCGCGGCUACGCCCGUCGAUCGGCGGGUCCGUCCGAUCUACGGCACGCUCACCCUCUCGUUUGUCGCGCAAGGCAUCCAGUUCCCAGUGCUGCCUCAGCUCGCGAGGAGCCUCGAGCUCGGCACCGCCGACCUAGGGCUCAUCGCCGCCACCACCGCGCUCGCGCGCCUCGUCUCCAACGCGCCCGCCGCCGCCGCUGCGGAGCGCUUUGGACGGCGGCCUUUGCUCAUCGCGGGGCCGGCGACCGCAGCGGUGGGGAUGGGGCUGCUUGCUUGCAGCGACUGCUUUUGGCACAUGGUCGUCGCAAACACGUGCCUCGGCGCCGGUCUGGCCACCACGACCACCGCCGCGCAGCUCUACCUCGCCGACAUCUCGACGCCGCGCAACCGCGCCGCGACGACGGCGCCUCUGCUGCAGUCUGCGCUGAUCGGCUUUGCCGUCGGGCCGGCGGUGGGCGGCGUCCUGGCGCAGCACCUCGGCUUCAGCCUCCCCUUCGCCGCCUGCGCCACCGGCCUGCUCGGCUCCUUCCGUGAAGCCUCUCAGCCCUUCCCAACAGGCGCCUUCCCGGUGACGCUCGUCCUCUUCGCGACGGAGAACGUCGGCAUGGACUCCGCCUCGGUUGGAGGAAUGCUCACCGCAAAUGUGGCGCUGAUGGUCCUGCUCACUGCGCCCGCGACGCGGCUGAGCGACGCGGCGCGCUCCCGCAAGUCGAUCAUGGUGCCCGCCCUCGCCGCCGCCGCCGUCUGCACCGGCCUCCAGUCGCUCGCCGCCACGCCGUGGAGCUACGCGGCGCUGGUCGGGCUGGGCGGCUCCGCGAGCGCCUUUUCGAUGCCGAGCAUCUCGCCCAUCAUCCUCGACUCGGUGGCGGAGGAGGAGCGGGCGCGCGCCCUCGCCGGGCGGCAGAUGGUGCAGGAUUCCGGCGCGCUGCUCGGCGCGAGCGGCAUGGGCCUCGUCGCGAGCGUGCUCGGCAUCCCGGCGGCGAUGCAGACUGUGGCGGCGCUGCAGCUCGCCUCGGUUGCCAUCUUCGCGCUGCGCGUCCCUUCUCGCCCCGCCGAGGCGCUGCGCGAGUGCGAGGCGAGGCGGAGGAGGGAGCAGCGGAGAGACCAGUCGGCUGCGAGGGGGCGCGGCGAUUGA